CCUAUUGUAGCAGAUUAUUUUCAUAACAGAAUAUAAUUAACAAAACUUCCCACGUGACAUAAAGGUAAGGCAGCAUGUUUUGUUUUUUUGUAAGUCGUAGUUGGGACACGUGUUAUACAUAAACAUGCAAUCGAUAGUAUACUCAAUUUGUUGACGCCAUAUUUAAUUUUAAUCGGUCGACAUCGUAAACCAAAUGGUGAACAGGCAGAAACACGUUUCUAAAACACGAUGAAACGUGAAAGUCAAGAACAGACUCGAAAAGAGACUCUCAUGGUUAAAUUAAAACGUCACUACUCGAGAAUAACCAGUCCAACGAAACAGAUUCUAUUUGGAUUUAAAGAGAAGUCUGUCUCAAGGGCAUCAUGCAUUUGUGGUAUGCAUACAUGACCCCUAGAACUAUUGUCCCCGUUAUCUUCGGUUUACUGUUGACCGUGGUGGCAGUGGAACAUAUAUUUACCAUGACGAUACUGCACGGAAAAUCAACGCCGUUCUCAAGAAUGCUCCUUUCCACAAGUGGGAACGGUUCAGAUCUUCAUUGUCCAAGUGUAAGACUUUCUGCCCAAGUCCUACCCCAGAUAGCCCUGGCUAGUUACCCUGGCUCAGGCAACACGUGGGUCCGGCACCUCCUGCAGCAAAUGACAGGGAUUGCCACUGGGUCAGUUUACACAGACGAGGAUCUGAGACUCCAUGGCUUUCCCGGAGAGAGUCUGUCUAAUGGUUCCGUGGUAGCUGUGAAGACACACCAGUUGUUCGACGAGACGUUCUAUGACAGAACCAUUCUUAUAAUAAGAAACCCGUAUGAAACAUUCCUGUCCCUGUUCAAAUAUAUCAAGGCCAACCACACAGGAGCGCCCAUCAUCGACAAAUAUUUCACCGAAUGGGGAUCCUUUACUGCGAAUGAGAUUGGUCAUUAUAGUCAGUUCUAUACUUCCUGGAUGAAGCAUCUGGAUGUUCUGCCCAUCUUCUAUGACGCACUAAAACAGAACCUCACACAGGAAUUACACAGGAUUAAAGUGUUCCUGGGACAGUCGGGUAUUAAAGGAGACAUUCGCUGUGCCUUGGCAAACGCUGAUGGGAACCAUCUGAGAAAACAUUCUGCAAUUCCUCUUGAUUUCUUCUAUUCUAAAGAAAAAAGACUUGGGAUUAAUUUGUUGAUCAAUCAAACGCGAAAGAUGUUCAAAGACCGGUUCAGAAAUGUCAGCGAAAGCAUGGAGACCUGGAUGUUGUGAUGGAAAUACCAAAGAUUUGACAGUCACUGAUUAAAUAAAGAGAGACCGAAGGACAUGUUGCUGAAUGUCAAGCAUGUUUUGAGUGUUUAGUGUAAAGCGAUUUAGUCUUGCAGGUUUAAACCAUGUCCGAGUUAUCGCAAGAUACACACAUUGUGAGUGAGUGAGUGAGUGAGUAUGGUUUUACGCCGCUUUUAUCAAUAUUCCAGCAAUAUCACGGCGGGGGACACCAGAAAUGGGCUUCACACAAUGUACCCAUGUCGGGAAUCGAUCCCGGGUCUUCGGCGUGACGAGCGAACGCUUUAACCACUAGGCUACCCGACCGCCCCAACAAAUUGUGAGACAUAAAUAUUUUGUAUGUUCGUCGUCCCAGUGUUUCCUGACUACAUUUAUAUUCCAAAUAAGAGUCUGUGCUAUAUGCACAAGAUAUAAGACAUAUUACGGAUGAUUAUUUGUACAGGAUCAACAUGGCUGCAUCAAAACCAAUCCAAUGUUUACGAUUCGUUAUAUAUGUUCCAGUGAGUGAGUGAGUGAGUGAGUACGGUUUUACGCCACUUUUAGCAAUAUCACGGCGGGGGACAUCAGAAAUGGGCUUCACAUAUUGAACCCACGUCAGGAAUCGAACCCGGGUCUUCGACGUGACAAGCGAACGCUUUAACCACUAGGCUACCCGACCGCCCAUGUUCAAGUAAAGGAGAAGACAUUUGUACAUAUAUAUAACUUGGGCGGUCGGGUUCGCUCGUUACGCCGAAGACCCGGGCUCGAUUCCCGAAAUGGGUACAAUGUGUGAAGCCCAUUUCUGUUGUCCCCCGCUGUGAUAUUGCUGGAAUAUUGCUAAAAGCGGCGUAAAACCACACUCACUCACUACAUAUAUAAUUUGCAUUGUGUAUGAGCGCAGUGUGACUUGCUUGGAUGUAUGAACCGUUUCCGAUUUUAGUAAUCAUAUGAUGUUCCAUGAAAAACCUUUGAACCGUUGUUUUUGAGCAUAUGUUAUACAAAAUCAAAUUUCACCUCCACUUGCGCUUCAGUUUUUUAGAAAAGAGAUGAUGGUUACAACCUAAAUUGAGUAAAUAAAAUAUAGGAACAGUUUACACUUGGUUCAAUGACAUCGUUGUAUAGCACGUAGGAACAUAUGUAAAUAAAAAAUGAACCUUUUUAACGGUCUCGAAAGAUGUUUUUCACAGACGGCCCAGCCCGUCAAGAUCCGGGGUAGAAUAGGUCUUCAGCAACCCAUGCUUGCCGUAAAAGGCGACUAUGCUUUUCGUAAUAGGCGACUAACGGGAUCGGGUGGUCUGGCUCGCUGACUUGGUUGAUGCAUGCUCAUGAUAUCAAUCACUUGAUUGUCUGGUCCAGAUAAAUAUUGUGUGUGGCGUUAAACAACAAACCAAGCAACCUCAGACGGCCCAAAGGUCAAACAAAUACACAAAAGGCCAUGCCUUGUCUGGCGAGGGUUGUUUCUAUCAUUGAGAUGUACAUGGGAUCAAGAUCUUAAGCAAGUUUCCUUAGAAGUGUUUCUGUAAUGAUAGAAGCUCACGUAUAUACAUGUGAACAAAGUCUAUUUCACCUGUGCGCUUUUCAUAUUGUGGUAAAUGGAAUAAAGUGUCCCAGUAUGUAUAUUGUAAAAGAUUUUAAGCUCGUCUGACAUAACUGUACCGAGGGUGUACUCCUCCUUUAAUUUGUGGGGCGCGCGGGUGGUCCAGUCGUCGAAGGCGCCGCGAGUAAAUGUGCAGAGUUGCGUCCCUUGGGCACGCCAGAAUCCUAUGAUUGUGGGUUCGA